CAAAAAAUUUCACUAGUAUAAAAUGCUUUAGUAUUUUCCCUUCUCUAAAACCUUAUGCCCUAAGUCUCAUCCUUCACCUGAAAAGAAACCCAAAACUUGAAGCCCCUCAAACUGCAAAUGAUUUUCUACUAAAUUGGUUUCUAAGCGAUUGUAGUUAAUGGGUUUCGCUUUAUUUUCGAUUUUCAGUACGGAACGAUCCAAUUCAGCGUACGCCCUGGUGAGUUAAGUACCGAGUUCCAACGAUUUGUAUCUGUCUUCAAAUAUCAUCGGUUUAUAGAAGCACCCAAUUGGGAAAACUGAAAUAUGGAUCAUUAGUUGAAUACUCAUUUGCCUAAAUCUUUUCGAUUAAUACUAUAUGCAAUGUUUUAUGGAAGUUUAGGAAUAUUUUGGUAUAUAAAUUAGAGGUUUUACAUAUUAACUUGUGGGGGGUUGGUGGUCAUGCAAUUAACACCGACCUCGGUUUCUUCAUCGAAACAGAGGGGUUGUGGGAAAAAAACGGGUACUAGGCUUCAAACGAAGCGUAAGAGAUUAGAUGCAAUAUGUGAAGAAGAGUAUAAUAGGAACCAUAGAGAAGGAAAUAAGGGGGAUGAUGUUGAAGGGCCAGAGAGUGUGGAUUUGGAACUCCGUAGGAGCUCACGGGUCAGGAGAGCGCCUGUUAUUUUGGAUGUGUCACCUAGGCCUCCGAAGAAAAGGCAAAAGGUUGGGAAGAGUGGGAGGUCUGGUCGGGGUAAGAGGAGGUUAGGAAGUGUGAAGGAGGAGGAGGAGGAACGGAUGAGGGAGGUACUGACUCUGGGGAGUUGGACGUCAAGGUUGAGGACAAGGAGAAGGAAUGCGAGUGUCAAAGUGAAGAUGGAGGACAGAGUUCUGUCUAGUAGCAGGAAGCUUUUUGAGGAUGUAGGUGGGAAUGAGGAGGACGAGGAGGAGGGGGAGGAGGAUGAAAAUGAUGAUGAUGAUGAGGAGGAGGACGAAAUGGAAGAGGAGGGUCAAAUGAGUGAUAGGGAAAUGGUGGUUGUUAAAUCCAAGAGGCUGGGGAGGGUUAAGGCGGCUAGUGGUUCAGGGAGUGAAGUGAAGGUUGAUAUUUGUUGCGAGGAAGAAGAAAGAGAGGUGGAAAAAGGAGGAAUUAGAGGUGAUGGAGUAGUGGAGGGUGUGUCUGCUUUUGAAAGUGAAAUGAGUGAAAAUAAUGAGGAUGAGGUUGUGGAAGGUACAGCUGUUGUAGAGAAUGAAAUAAGUCAGAGAAAUGAGGAGAGGUUGGAUGGCAAUCUGGUUGAGGUGAUUAACAAAGAACAUAGAGAAGUAUCAAAUUGUAUGAAAUUGGAUGAGGGCUACAUUGACCAAGAAAAUGCUAAGGUAAUUGAAUUAAUUGAAAGCAUGGAGCCGGCGGAAGAACAAGUUCAACAGUUCAAAUGUCAGGAUGAAGGAGCAAAUGGAGAGGAUGUUAUAGAAGUACAUAAUGUUGCAGAGGAAGUUGAAGAUUGUUGUGUUCAUGAUGCAAAAGAUAAUGGAUUGUUUAAGGUUCCUAAAAAAACUUUGGAGCAUAAAAGUGAUAUGAAGGUAGAAGAGUCAAAUCAAACAGCUGCUGAGACAAUUAGCAAGCCACGAAUCAAACAAGGGAGGAGGUGUGGUUUGUGUGGUGGUGCAACUGAUGGCAAACCACCAAAGAAGCUGGUUCAUGAUGCUGGUGAUAGUGAAAAUGAAGCAUACAGCUCUUCAGCUUCUGAGGAACCUAACUAUGACAUUUGGGAUGGGUUUGGUGAUGAACCUGGGUGGCUUGGUCGUCUCCUGGGUCCUACAAAUGAUCGUUAUGGUAUUGCUCGAAUCUGGGUUCAUCAACAGUGUGCUGUAUGGAGUCCUGAGGUUUAUUUUGCUGGCUUGGGUCACUUAAAAAAUGUUAGGGCAGCACUUUGUAGAGGAAGAGCAUUAAAGUGCACCAGAUGUGGGAGGCCUGGAGCAACAAUUGGAUGUCGUGUUGAUCGAUGUCCAAAAACAUACCACUUGCCUUGUGCAAGGGCUAAUGGGUGUAUAUUUGAUCAUCGCAAGUUUCUCAUAGCCUGCACUGAUCAUCGACAUCUUUUUCAACCUCAUGGUAUUCAAUAUUUAGCUAAGAUAAAGAAAAUGAAAGCUAAGAAAAUGAAGUUGGAAAUGAGGAAAGAAUCAAAUGAUGCGUGGCGAAAGGAUAUUGAAGCAGAAGAAAAAUGGUUGGAGAAUUGUGGUGAGGAUGAAGAGUUCUUGAAACGGGAGGGCAAGAGACUUCAUCGGGAUUUGUUAAGAAUAGCACCUGUCUAUAUUGGAGGUUCAGAGUCUGACAGUGGAAAAUCUUUUGAGGGUUGGGAAUCUGUUGCUGGCUUGCAGGAUGUUAUCCGUUGCAUGAAGGAAGUUGUCAUCUUACCGCUGUUGUAUCCUGAGUUCUUUGAUAAUCUGGGGCUUACACCACCCAGAGGUGUUCUUUUGCAUGGCUAUCCUGGAACAGGUAAAACUCUUGUAGUGCGAGCAUUGAUUGGUUCUUGUGCUCGUGGGGAUAAACGAAUUGCAUAUUUUGCCCGCAAAGGUGCUGACUGCUUAGGGAAAUAUGUUGGUGAUGCUGAACGUCAGCUGAGGCUCUUGUUCCAGGUCGCUGAGAAAUGUCAACCUUCAAUCAUAUUCUUUGAUGAGAUAGAUGGCUUAGCACCUAGACGGACAAGGCAGCAAGAUCAGACACAUAGUUCAGUUGUGUCCACAUUGCUUUCUCUGAUGGAUGGUUUAAAGUCCCGAGGCUCAGUGGUGGUGAUAGGUGCAACAAAUCGCCCUGAUGCUGUUGAUCCUGCAUUGAGGAGGCCAGGGAGAUUUGAUCGAGAAAUUUAUUUUCCACUGCCAUCAAUGGAGGACAGGGCUGCAAUCCUUGAACUUCAUACUCAAAAAUGGCCAAAACCAGUUACUGGCUCUUUGCUGAAAUGGGUUGCAAGAAAGACUGUAGGGUUUGCUGGUGCAGAUUUGCAGGCCCUUUGUACUCAAACAGCUGUUAUUGCUCUGAAGAGGAAUUUUCCUUUGCAGGAAAUAUUGUCUGCUGCUGAACAGAAAGUUCUGGGUGCUAAACGUGUUCCUCUUCCCACUUUCAAAGUUGAGGAAAGGGAUUGGUUGGAAGCGUUGUCAUGUUCUCCACCUCCUUGCUCGCGCAGAGAAGCAGGAAUGGCUGCUCAAGAUUUAGUUGCCUCUCCUCUUCCUGCUCAUCUCGUUCCUUGUCUGGUAGAACCAUUAUCUGAUUUGCUUCUUUCUCUACGUUUGGAUGAGCGCCUCUGGUUGCCACCCCUUCUUUCUGAAAGUGGUGCUGUGAUUGAGAGUGCAAUUGUUUCCACAUUGCAUGAAAGGGGACUGCCCAAGGAUCAUUGGUGGUCCCAUGUUCGUGAUCUUCUUCAAGAAGGACAGGUUGUUAAGCAGAUAGUAAGUAGGCUAUCAUGUGCUGGAAUGCUAAUUGGAAAGACUAGCUUUGCUGAUUAUGAUGCAUCCGUAGGUGAUAUUAGUGAUGAUGUUGGCAAGUUUGAACAUUCAAUAGUGCAUAAUGGCAGCACACGCUCCAGUUUGUCACGAAGUACCUAUUUGACUUCAACCAGGAAAAGAGGGUUUCGAAUAUUAAUUGCUGGUUGUCCAGGGUCUGGCCAAAAGCAUCUUGCUUCCUGUCUUCUUCACUGUUUUGUUGGGAAUGUUGAAAUACAUAAAGUUGAUUUGGCUACAAUUGCACAAGAAGGGCAUGGUGACUUAAUUCAAGGAGUAACUCAAAUUUUGAUGAAAUGUGCAAGCCUGGGAUCAAGUGUAGUGUUUAUGCCAAGAAUAGAUUUGUGGGCUGUGGAGACCAUUUACCAAGUUGCUGAGGAGAGCAAUUCCUCUUCAACAUUACAUCAAGCACCAAUGGAGGAAGAUCCUCAAUUUGUUGAAAAGGAAAAUGGAUCCUCUCAGCAACAAUCUGAGCUGGCAGAAACAGGAGAGGAUACAGCUGCUGUUCAUAGCAUCUCAUGUGCCUGGAGCUCAUUUGUUGAGCAAGUGGAAUCUAUUUGUGUGUCUACAUCGUUGAUAAUUCUGGCUACUUCUGAAACUCCCUAUCUGGAGCUCCCUGAUAGGAUAAGGGAAUUUUUUAGGAGUGAUCUACCAAAUUGCAAUCGGAAAACUACAUUAGGGCAUGCAGUACCCAGAUUUACUGUGCAUCUUGGCAGGGAUUUCGACCAUGAUAUGGUUGUUAAACUAUCUGCUGCAGAGUUAUCAAGAGAUCUCCUUCAAUCUUUCGUUCACUUGAUUCAUCAAAGAUCUCAUGUCCAUGAAGGUCCCAAAAGAAAAAAUUCUGUCCAAACUAGUGCAGCUACAGAAAAUGAUAAUACAUCUCAUGGUUUGGCUUGUGAAGUUGGAUCACACCCUCAUGGUGAUUUGUCUGUUACGGUGCCGACACCACCAACCAGCAGUAAAAAUUUGAAGGGCAAAUCAAGCUUGAUGCUGGCAAUAACUUCAUUUGGGUAUCAGAUUUUGCGAUGCCCUCAUUUUGCAGAGCUUUGCUGGGUGACAUCGAAACUUAAAGAAGGUCCUUCUGCAGAAAUAGGUGGUCCUUGGAAGGGCUGGCCUUUCAACUCUUGUAUCAUUCGUCCCACCAACUCAUCUGGCAAGGCAACUUGUGGGUCCAGCAACAUUAAAAGCAAAGAGAAAUUUGGUUUGGUCAGAGGUCUGGUUGCCGUUGGUUUAUCAGCAUACAGAGGCUUAUAUACAUCACUCAGAGAAGUUUCCUCUGAGGUGCGGAAGGUUCUUGAGCUACUAGUUGGGUGGAUUAAUGCAAAAGUUAAUACUGGAAAAGACAGAUGUCAGUAUGUUCAUAUCCUGUCUCAAGUUGCUUAUGUGGAAGAUAUAGUCAACAGCUGGGUUUAUUCACUGCAGAGUUUGGAUCAGGAUCUUCAAAUAAAAGCAUCAAGCCCCAAUCCAUAUGCUUUGGGAUCUCAAGGUAAUUAUUCUAUACAUGUGAAUGAUACAGAUAGAAUUAAGGAAUAUGGACCGAAAAGUUUCCCUGAAUCUGAAGGUCCAGGUGCAAAAAUUAAUGAAUCCACUGUGCAAAAUAGCGAUUUCAUUGACUUGAAAGAAAAGGAUGACAAUGAUGGAAAAGUGAAACUUUUUGAAGAAGCCAUACAAGGGAUAGGCCUCAGUGGUAAUACUGAUUCCGAAGAACAUCUUAAUUGUACUCUGGCUGACAUACCAGUUGCACAUGUAGAUGAGCAGACUGCCACAAAUCCUAGUUUGUGUGUGUCUGGAAGUACUAGAAAUCCUAUGGUUGAUGGAGAAUUAAAUGCUCAAAAUAUAGAUUCCAUUGACACGAACAAGAUAGAUGAUGAUUGUACUCCUAGUGAUGAGGGUAAAGUUGUUGCAGUGGAAGGUGCGGUAAUGAAUGUAGGUCUCAGUGGUAAUACUAUUUCAAUGGAGCAUCGUAACUAUUCUGUGGUCGAUGAGCUGGUUUGUGUAGGCAAGCAAAACGGGACAAUGCCUGCUCUAAGUGAGUCAGUAACUACUAUAAAUCCUACCCUUGUGGGAGAUCCUCGGUCUUCUAAACAAUGUAAUGGAUUUGCACCCAGUGAAUCUGUUCCUUCUAAGAAUGGGUUCUGUAGUUCAGAUGAACUGAAUGGUGCAAAGUUCUCUGGUUCUGGGAAAUCUUGCAGCCAGAUUAAUGCUUCUGAAACAAGGAUCAGUAUCACAUCUGAAGAUGUUGAGCAUGAAGAUCAUGAACACGAAAAGGAUCCCAAUUUCUCUUCAAGUGGAACUGUUCUCCCAGCUGAAUCAGAAGUUACAUGCUUUUAUCAAUGCUGCUCUGGCUGCCUACAUGCCCUCCUGAGUUUGAUGCAAAAGGUUCUGCUUAAGGAAUGGAAAUCAGAUGAGAGCCAUUGGACAGUUGAUAAUGUUUAUGAAACAGUUGCGUUAUUGUCUGCGGAUCAUCUUUCAACUGUCACCAAGGCAUUUGACGAAAACCCGAGUAAUGAAAAUAACAGGAAGUUAUUGAACUGUCCCGAAAGGAGUCGAUGCCGUUGCAAAAGCUCAGCAAAUUGUUUAGUUAUUCCCAUGGAAUGUAGCUGUCACUCUGUUGGCACCAGUUCACCGAACAUACAAGUCGAAUUUGAUCCAAAAUUUGUUUACAGAAAUGGAAUGAUGGUUCCUAUAGAUUCUAGUCAAGAAGUUUCUUUUCACUGUAAAUUCGAAACGUUGUGCCUUUGCCCUCUUAUAGAGUCUAUAUCAAUGACAAAGCAACCUGCUGAUUGAUUUCGGGUUUUUACAGCGUAUCAUAUCUUCUUCCGAGAGGCAUACUUGACUCGAAGGGUCGUUACUUAGUUUCCUACUCAAAUAGCUUCCCCAAAUUUUGUUUCUCCUGGGAAGAAGCUAUAACCCAUAUAUCAUGUAAAUAUCAUCCAAGGUUUCUUCUGCAGCUCUGGGUAGUACUGUAAGUAUGUUUCUCUUAUGGCCAUCACAUGAUUAUAUAUAUAUAUUCAUAUGGAGGUUUGCCAUUUGCUGAGUUUGUUAUCUUACUGCAUUCUUUUUGCUUUCUGGGAAUUAUUCUUUGAUAUUUUCAAUUUAAGUAAUGCAAAAUUUCAGGGUUGAUAAGUUUUGAGAUAA